CUCUUCGGAGCAACUGCAUCCUACGAGCUCCGGAAAAUCCUUCGGCGACAGGAUCUACCACCAACGGACGAACACACAGUUCGGAAAAAGUCAAAAAGUACACCCAUGUGACGGUCGUGGCUUCAGUCUCUCGGUAACUACAAUGGCAAACGGACGUGGCCAAAAACGCGCACCAUUGAACCGUGUUUUGUCGUUUCCUCGAUCUUAGCCCUUAAAGCUGUCCUCCUCUCUCAGUCAAUGCAAUUCCCGAUCCCCGGGAUUGAUAAGAACUAUUCCUCACCUCCUGUCCCGAAGCGCAAUUUAAAGUCCAACGGGAUUGUGUGAAUUUUAAAGUUCGCAGCGGUGACGCUCGCGUGACGGUCGGUUUGUCUGUCGGGUCGUUCGUCGUUCAUGGUUGAAUUCCAGUUGGAAUCGCGUCGCGUCGCGUCGUGCAUGGUGAGAACAGUGGCGAAUGAGAGAAACAACAACACCAAAAACGGCACCACCAGCGCCAGCCAGAAGUCUGCACGGAAGAGAAGAACCAAGAACAAACCAGAAACCGUGUGACCUCUCUUGUGCAUGUGUGUGGUGCGGCAGCCGAGGUGGAUGGGCUUCAACCUAAACUGACAGCUUCAAGCUGCUGGGAAAUCGUCGAAAUUUCUUCGUCGGGAGUGAUUUUGUUGGUCCACCUGUCGUCGUCAGCUGAGUUGAAGGUGGACUUUUAGGAAGUGAGUUUUGUCUUCCCGGUACGGAUUUUGGAAGCGGCGAUGGAGGCACGCAAGUGAUAAUCGAAUUAGCGGACGAGAACUUUAAAUUCGAUUGAGUGACCAAGGAAAAGUUUGUCCCGGAGCCGAAGAACAGGACCAAGUGUUGUGAUAGGACAGGUGUCCAAUUAGAAAGAAACUUGCUCCGUACGUGACAACGGUGGGAGUUGCUAGGCAGCAGCAAGGUCGGCGAUUGUUUUCAACCUUCAAGGCCUGGACAGAGGACAAACCCACGGAAAUUCGAGAUCCGAAAAAGGUGGUUCCGCAACGGAUCAAUGUUCUUUCGGUAGACAAGCGUUUGUUUACGUUCCGAGAAGAUGUGAUUAUCGAGAAGAACUGGUUUGAGCAACAGUAACAUCCCAUCCGGAACUGAAGGCCGGAACACUGGAGGCCUUGGGAAAAAUGAAACGGCUCCAGCAGCAACUUCGAUAUUGACAUUUGGCUGCUUGCUCUGCAGAUAUCGUGUUUUGUUUUUGGUUUGCAUAUGUACAGAGUUCAUGUGCCUACUCGCGUUGGGGGUUGUACGUGUAUGUGAGAGUGGCCGCAGCAGCCAACUGCUGGAGAGCGAAACAUGAUGAUGAAAAUCUUAGCAAAAGUUCUGCAGCAUCCAAUGCAUGGCUACUAAAUCUUAAAGUGUUGCUUUCUGUGUUAGUUUGAAUAAUAAACCUAGAGUAUAUUAGUUGUUACCCUGAAGUCCACAAGUUAAAAACAGCAACCUUGCACAACAAAUAAAUACCAAAACCAUUUAUGUUCCAAUAAGAAAAUCCGCCUGCUGAUGAGCUGCGGCGGAAAAGUGUGUUAGUGUUACGGCGCUGCCUGCAUGCAUAUUCUACUACGGGAGGAGGCCAGAUUUGGGAAAAAUCUCGGUGUGUUCGAGUUGGUUGGUUGUGGAGAAGAGCGGUGGUGAUGCUGUGAAAGCGAGAAAGAAAAGUGUUUCCAGUGCAAAAACGUGUGUUGGUGGUGGUCUGUGUUGGUGAUUUUUGCGUAUACUAGAACGCAGAGCGCGCCGGCAGCGAAGUCGACGACAACGGAACGAGGCGUAGGCUUUCGCAAAAAACGGACGGUUCGGUUCCAUCGUUGGUCGGUCGGUCUCCUGCGUGUUCGGUCGGAUUAAAAGUGCGGCAUAUUUUCCGAUGUCAAAUUAUGAGCUAAAUUCAAUUUUCCGGUCCCAACGGCGGCAGCGGCGCCAUCAAAAGGUCUGGCACGUCGAGGAACGCCACGACAACGACGUCGGGUGUUAGGGGAAGAAAUUCUUUGUUGGUUCUUUCGUAGUUUGAUCGACGGGAAAAGUCUCUGUUAGGGUUAAAGUUAGUGUGUAAAAAUGUUGUUUGCGCGCCUUCGAUGAGUGUAUAAAUAAGCUGAAGUAGCCCGUGUUAGUAGAACAAUUUUUCGAAGGAAAAUAAGAAGAAAUCGUCAAAAUGUCGUCGGCCCAUCUGUACGGGGCGUUGAUUGCCCUGACCUGUGUGCUGUGCUACCACAACAGUCUCAACUGUGGAUUCGUGUUCGACGACAUCAGCGCCAUCAAAGAAAACCGGGACCUGAGGCCACACUCGUCGAUUAAGAAUGUGUUCCUGAACGAUUUCUGGGGAACGCCGAUGCAUAAGGAACAAAGCCAUAAAUCAUACCGGCCGCUGUGUGUGCUGACGUUCCGGUGGAACUAUUUGCUCCAUGGGCUCGAACCGGCCGGGUACCAUCUGGUGAACGUGGUCCUGCACACGAUCGUCUCGCUCAUGUACUUCCGAAUGUGCGCAAUGCUCCUGUCGGAAGUGUCCAGCUUUGCAGCGGCGUUGCUGUUUGCAGUGCACCCCAUCCACACCGAGGCGGUGACCGGUGUGGUUGGUCGAGCCGAAACGCUGUCGUCGGUGUUUUUCCUGGCGGCGUUCAUUUUCUACACCAAGGCGACGCGGCGGAAAAAAGCCACAGGCUGGCGCUACUUGACGCUGGCAAUGAUCUUCGUAGCGACGGCGAUGCUUUGCAAGGAGCAAGGCAUCACCAUCACCGGCAUCUGCGCCAUCUACGAAAUCUUCGUCGCCCAAAAGAUCCGCCUCGGCGACAUCUACCACCUGGCCCGGUCGGUGCUGAGUGGGAAAUCGCUCGCCCUGCCCAGCGGAUGGUGGCCACAUGAGGCCACCCGACGGUUGGCCGUCCUGUGCGUGGCCACGGUGGCGCUGCUGUUCGCUCGAUUGCAAAUUAUGGGCUCGCAGCUGCCGGUCUUUACGAGGUUCGAUAAUCCGGCCUCCGUUUCGGUGACCCCGACGCGGCAACUGUCCUACAACUACCUGGUGUCGGUCAACCUGUGGCUGCUGCUGUUUCCGUGCGACCUGUGCUGCGACUGGACCAUGGGAACCGUUCCGCUUGUGGAGAGUUUUUCCGAUCCGCGGAAUCUGACCACCCUGGCGGCGUACAGCCUGAUCGGGGUCCUGGUGUGGAUGGCGUUUCUGCAGGGGGACCGACACCGGUCCGGUGUUAUUGUGAUGGGACUUGCCUUUAUGAUCCUGCCGUUUCUGCCAGCGUCCAACCUGUUCUUUCCGGUGGGGUUUGUCAUCGCCGAAAGAGUUCUCUACAUGCCUUCGAUGGGAUUCUGUAUCCUGGUGGCCUAUGGAUUCCAGCUCCUCUCGGAACGAUGGAAUCGCAAAAUGACCUGGUGCUGUUUGGGGUUCCUUCUGCUGAGCCACUCGGUCAAAACCUACAAUAGAAACGCGGAUUGGGAAUCAGAGUAUACCAUCUUCAUGUCCGGCCUGAAAGUCAAUCAGAGGAAUGCAAAACUGUUCAACAACGUUGGGCAUGCCCUCGAGAGCGAAGGCAAGUUCGAGGAAGCUCUCCAGUUCUUCCACAAAGCAGUAAGCGUUCAACAGGACGACGUCGGAGCGCACAUAAACGUCGGCAGGACGUACAACCAUCUGAAGAUGUUCAAAGAAGCCGAAAUGGCCUACCUGAAGGCGAAAUCCCUGCUGCCGAAAGCCAAACCAGGCGAAUCCUAUCAGGCGCGGAUAGCCCCAAACCACCUGAACGUGUUCCUGAAUCUGGCGAAUCUGAUCUCGAAGAAUGCCACCCGGCUGGAGGAGGCGGAUUUGCUGUACCGGCAGGCGAUCAGCAUGCGAUCGGAUUACACCCAGGCAUACAUCAACCGGGGGGACAUUCUGAUCAAGCUGAACCGCACCAAGGAAGCGCAGGAGGUGUACGAGCGGGCGCUGCUGUACGAUAGCACCAACCCGGAUAUUUAUUAUAAUCUGGGAGUGGUCUUCUUGGAGCAAGGAAAAGCCUCCCAAGCGUUGGCCUACCUCGACAAAGCACUGGAGUUCGAUCCGGAACAUGAGCAAGCUCUGCUGAACUCGGCCAUCCUGCUGCAGGAGCUGGGCCGACCCGAACUGAGGAAAAUUGCUCGCGAGCGACUGCUGAAACUGCUAGCCAAAGAUGAAUCCAACGAGCGGGUGCACUUCAACCUGGGCAUGCUGGCGAUGGACGAUCGCAACACGGAUGAGGCGGAAAACUGGUUCCGGAGGGCGGUGCAUCUGAAGCAGGAUUUCCGCAGCGCGCUGUUCAAUCUGGCGUUGCUGCUGGCCGACGACCAUCGGCCGCUGGAGGCAGCGCCGUUUCUGAACCAGCUGGUCAAGUACCAUCCGGAUCACAUCAAGGGGCUGAUUCUGCUGGGCGAUAUCUACAUCAACAACAUCAAGGAUCUGGAUGCGGCGGAGAAUUGCUACAAACGCAUCCUCCAGCUGGACCCCGUCAACAUCCAGGGCCUGCACAACCUGUGCGUGGUGUACGUCGAGCGCGGCAAACUGGCCCAGGCCCAGGCGUGCCUAUCGCACGCCCACCAGCUGGCCCCCGGCGAGGACUACAUCCUGCGCCACCUGCAGAUCGUGCAGACCCGCAUCCAGCGACUGCGGGGGACACCGGAACCGAGCCGGGAGAAAGAAAUUGCCUUUGCCGAGUACGACCCCCGGGAGUUCGGGGGCAACCCGGAUGACGACGUUGUCGACUUGCAGCAGCUAAUCAGCAGCAGCAGCGACAGCAGUGUUGUAAAUAGUGAUAGUGAGGGUGAGGGAGAGAGGGUGGAUAGCAGUAGCAGUAGUGAUAGUAGUGACACUAGCAGUAAUAACCAUAAUAAUCUGAAAACAUCAUUACCUCAUGCGGAUGGCGCAGAUGACGCCACCAAAGUCAGUAGCCCCGACAGCAGCGGCAGUAGCAGCAGUGAUCCUAUUUUUAUCGAACCUGAAGAGCCAAUCUCGGCCCAGGCAGCAGCGGCCGUGGUCGAGGACCCUCUGGUGGCCAACGAAAGCCACCAACAGCAGCCUAGAUUAAGUGAACCUAGCAGUAGUAGUGGUAGCAGUAGUGAUAGUAGGAGCAGUAGUCCCCAAUCCCAUCAAAAUCACCCUCAACAACAACAGCAACACCAACAUCCGCAGCAGCAGCAGCAGCAACAGCGAAGGAGGAAAAACCACCACCACCACCAGCACCGUCAGCCUGAACAAGAGCACACGGCGUCGGAUGGUGCCGCCAGCAGCUCCCCGUUGGUAGGGAAGGACUUGGAUGAUCCAUCGUCCGGGAUGUCAUAGCAUCAGAUUCUUAAUUACAAGUUAGACUGUUUCAAAAUUAAUUAGGAACUGAAAACUGUGGACUGACUGAAAAAGCGAACAUCAACACGGGCAUGCUAGGCGGUGCCGUGCUGUUGCUGUGCUGCUAUGCUGGUGGCUGCUGAUAAACUAAUGAUUAUGAUGGUGUUGUACUGUGUGUGUGGGUGGGUGGUUGGAUUUCGUGUAAGAAGAGGAAUGAACGAGAAGGAUGUUCCAUGUAGGAUUCGGGGGAAAGGAUUGAAUUUUGUAAUGGUUGACGUUGAAGAAUGGGUUUUUUCCCAGCGGUGGGUUAAAGGAAAAUCAGAUAGCUCUCUCUCUUUAUUAAGACCCAUAGGAGAGUGACUAACCAAGCAGCAUAUUAAUGAUGGGGAAAGUCUUCGACACUUGUGGCGUGGUUUUUGUUAUGGGAUCGAAGAGGGAGACUGGCAGGCUCAUUUGUAUGGUGUCGUGUCGGUUCCAUAAUGAGGAUGAAACAUAUUGGAAAGUUCAUUCAACAAUACAAAAUUCAUGAUUAAAUUUUGAUGUGGAUUUGGCCAAUAGCUUCUUAUACGAUAAAUCAACGAAAGUUUUGAGUAAUAUGCAUCAGUAUUAAAAAAGAAGAAGAUAUAUCAUGGCUUCAGGUAUUUCAGUAUACAAAUUAAAGCUCAGACAAGAAUUGUACAGUUCUAGAUUCCCGAAAUAACUCAGUACAUACAUCAUUGCUUGUGCCAACGAACACUUGAAUGUAAAGGAGACGCAUGGUUGCCCAACACAGAAAAUCAGAUAUAAACGCCAAUAAGUGUGAAAGUGAAGGCAGCCAUGCUAAUGAA